AGUUUGUUUUGGGUCUGCUGCAGCCGCCUGGCGAUUCUCGCCUGGGACUGCGAGGGGAAUGGAGGACUACGGGCGCUUCCUGGCGCUCCUGGGCUCGGCGCUGCUGGUCGGCUUCCUCUCCGUCAUCUUCACUCUGGUCUGGGUCCUCCACUACCGCGAAGGGCUGGCCUGGGAUGGCGGCGCGGCCGAGUUUAACUGGCACCCGGUCCUGAUCCUCACGGGCUUCGUGUUCGUGCAAGGCAUCGCCAUUAUUGUGUACCGGUUACCAUGGACCUGGAAAUGCAGCAAAGUUCUGAUGAAAUUAAUUCAUGCUGGGUUAAAUACCAUUGCUCUGACACUGGCAAUUAUUUCACUGGUGGCUGUUUUUGAUUUCCAUAACACCGCGAAGAUUCCUAACAUGUACAGUCUGCACAGCUGGAUUGGGUUGACGGCUGUCAUUCUGUAUUCUCUACAGCUUGUUCUAGGUUUUGUAGUCUUCCUACUUCCCUUCGCUCCCAUUUCCCUUCGGGCAGCGCUGAUGCCGAUCCAUGUUUACUCUGGUCUUCUUAUCUUCGGAACCGUGAUUGCAACUGUACUAAUGGGAAUUACAGAAAAACUUAUUUUUGCCUUGAAAGCUCCUCCCUACAGAGAUUCUCCAGAAGAAGCUCUGUUUGUCAAUACUCUUGGCCUUCUGGUUGUGGUCUUUGGCGGUAUCAUUUUAUGGAUGGCAACAAGACCCCAUUGGAAGCGUCCGCUUGAACCGAAUUCAAAAGUCCAAGAAAAAAUUGGAGGAAAGUAUGAAGGUAACCAAGAGGGUCUAACUAAGACGGACUGCAACGAUAGAGAGAACUCUGAUGUAGAGCUCAGCAGUGAGGCCAGAAAACAACAUCUCAGCCUUGAUGAUGCUGGACAACGAUCAACCAUGUAAAAGCACUGGGUUCGAUCCAACCAGUUUCUCCAUUGGUGGAAAAAGGCGGAGAGGGAUUCCCUUUGACCACCACCAAAAAGGCUAUGCUGGGAUUAUGGGACUUGCAUGGACAAAGGCCAUGUGGGGUGGGGGUUGUAGUAAGAAAAGGGUUGUAGUAAGAAAGGGCAUUAAACAAGAUGGAGUGAAAAAGCUGGCUGGAUCCAGCCCAGGGAUCCAAUUCAGUAGUUGUUCAGCUCACAGUGACCAAAGAGCUCUCACUUCUUCAUUCCAUAUAACAUAACUUUUAGAAAAAUUGAUAGGAGUUAGUGAACACUGUGAUACUAGAAGGACAUAUCCUAAGCUAUAAUUCUUCUUAUUGUAACUUUUUUAUUUCAAUAAAAUGUGAGAUUGAAAAGAGGUGUGUCAGAUUUCCAGUGACACAAACCCUGUUGUCUUUAA